ACACACACACACACACACACACAUCUGACUUUAGAAAAGAUAUCUCCGCCUCUCUCUAUAUAUAAGAGAUAUAUGUUGUGCUUGUGUUUUCCUAGCUAGCUAGUCACAAAGAUCAGAAUCCCUAUAUAAUCAAUGGGAAACCAUGGCUAUUUCAUGCUUCUUCUUGUCCUAAGCAUUUUACUACCUUGUUCAGUUUCAUCGACCACUAGACGUUUUAAAUUCAAUGUGGGGUGGAAAAAAGUUACACGUUUGUGUCACACCAAGUCGAUACUUACUGUUAACGGAGAAUAUCCAGGGCCGACGAUUGUUGUUCAUGAAGGGGAUAAUGUUGAAGUGAAGGUCACAAACCAUGUUGCUCUGAACACCACUAUCCAUUGGCAUGGAAUAAGGCAAUAUAGAACUGGAUGGGCAGAUGGUCCAGCAUACAUAACUCAAUGUCCAGUUUCAUUCGGUAAAUCUUACACCUACAAAUUCACCGUGGUCGAUCAAAGAGGAACUCUCUGGUGGCAUGCUCAUCUUUCAUGGCAACGUGCAACUGUUAACGGAGCUUUCAUAAUCUUGCCUCGCAUGCCCUACCCUUUUCCCGUUCCAAUUCAGAAAGAGAUUCCGAUUAUUUUUGGUGAAUGGUGGAAUUCAGAUGUUAUAGCAAUAGAAAAUGAAAUGAUUCAGACUGGGGAUGGCCCUAACUCUUCGGAUGCAUACACCAUCAAUGGUUUGCCAGGACCUUUAUAUUCUUGCUCUCUAAAAGAUACUUUCAUACAAACAGUGGAGUAUGGGAAAACAUACUUAUUGAGGAUCAUCAAUGCAGCACUCAAUGAUGAACUCUUCUUUGCCGUAGCCAACCACACUUUAACUGUAGUAGAAAUUGAUGCAACUUACACAAAACCCUUUACAACAGAAGCCAUAAUGAUCACUCCAGGACAAACCACAAAUGUGUUACUCACUGCAAAUCAACAACAACAACAACAACAAAAAACUGCAUCAGAUUCCACAGGAUCAAUGUUUGUAAUGGCAGCAAGGCCUUACCUAACUUCAGUUUUCCCCUUUGAUAAUUCCACCACAAUCGGCUUCCUACAUUACAAAUCCACCACCAAAACAGAACCAUCAUCAUCAAUUCAGCCUCCAUUCCCACCUUAUACUUUACCAAAAAAUCUUCCUGCCAUGGAAGACACUAAAUUCGCCACCGAUUUCGCCGACAAUCUGAGAAGCCUUGCAUCUUUUCAGUACCCCUGUAAAGUACCCAAAACAGUUGAUAAAAAAGUAAUCACAACUAUAAGUCUCAAUCUUCAAGAUUGCCCGGUGAAUGAAAACUGCAAAGGGUAUCUAAACAAGCGGUUUUUGGCUUCAAUGAACAACCAAUCCUUCGUUAGGCCGUCCAUGUCGAUUUUAGAAAGCCAUUACAAGAACCUGAAAUCGGGUCAUCUGUUUUCCGGUUUCCCUGAAAAGCCUCCGAAUCCUUUUAACUAUACUGGGGUGGAUCCAGUCAAAGAGAACAUGAACACGGAAUUUGGAUCAAAGCUCAUAGUUGUACCAUUUGGGACAAAGCUGGAAAUUGUUCUACAAGACACAAAUUUCCUGAAUCCAGAGAACCAUCCGAUUCACAUUCACGGGCAUAAUUUUUUCAUCGUGGGCAGGGGAUUUGGGAAUUAUGACGCUGAAAAAGAUCCAUUAGGCUACAAUCUGGUGGACCCGCCGGAGCGGAAUACGGUGGCGGUUCCGGUGGGUGGAUGGGCGGCGCUCAGGAUCAAUGCAGAUAAUCCAGGGGUUUGGUUCAUACAUUGCCAUCUUGAAGAACAUACUACAUGGGGUUUAGCCAUGGGUUUGAUUGUGCAAGGUGGCAAGAAUCCAUCUCAACGGUUGCUUCCUCCUCCACCUGAUUUUCCACCUUGCUGAGGACUAUGGAUCUUUGCAACGGAUUUUUCUUUUUUUUUUUUUUUUUGUAUUUUAAAGUGCAGUUUUGUUUUGAUUAUU